AUGGACCCCAUCUCCACCACCGUCAACCUCUCCACCCUCCGCGGUAAAUCAGUUCUCAUCACCGGCGGCGCCUCCGGCCUCGGCCUUGCCACCGCCCUCGCCUGGGCAUCCGCCGGAGCCCACGUCACAAUCGCCGACAUCCAAACCCCCCUUGACUCCCUACCUAACAACAUCAAGUACGUUCAGUGCGACGUCACAAACUGGGACUCGCAAGUGCAAGCCUUCAAAACAGCAAUAACCUCCUCCCCUACCCAAGCGCUCGACAUCGUCGCCACCUUCGCCGGCACAGCCUUCAUGCCAGGCAACCAAGUCGACCACGUCCUCGCCGCCGGCCAGCCCAGCCUCGACGCCGACCCUGCAAAGCCAAACAUUAGGAAUAUAGAGGUGAAUCUGAUUGGAGUCUAUUACAGCUCCUGGCUGGCGCUGUAUUACCUCCGAUUGUUGCCCUCUACUGGUAGUUCGGAAGGUGCAAAGCCGGACAAGUCACUUAUCCUGGUCGCCUCAAUCGGUGCGUACAUGGACAGUCCCAAGGCAUCGACCUACCCCGCCAGCAAAUUCGGCGUCCGGGGUUUGUUCAGGAGCACGCGCGCUCGGACGCUGGAUAUCGGCGUCAGGUGCAAUUUGCUGGCGCCGUGGUUUGUGGACACGCCGCUUGUUGCGCCGAUUAAGAAUGCGAUGGCGGCUAGGGGGGUUGAUAUGGCGAGGGUGUUGGAUUUUGUGAGCGUGGAGGCUUGUGUGGAGGCUGCGAGUUAUUGUGCGGUUGAUGGCGGUGUGCAUGGACGGGCACUGGCUAUUCAGCCUGAGGGGACGUUUGAUCUCAGGGAUGACUAUGAGGAUGGGUGGGCGGGGGAUCAACUGAGGCCGAUUAUGAAGAGGAGGAGGCAGGCUGGGUUUGAUGCGUGACUUUAGCCAGCUGGGCUGACACUGACGUGAGAGUUUUGAAUAUCAUCGAUGUGCCUUAUCUCUUCUACACAUAUGAUUGGUUUUAACUCCGGUAG